AACACUGUUUAGCUCGUACCGCGGGAGUACCGUAUCGACCAAAACCUUUUCCUUCCAUUGAGCUUUGUUUUUUUUUGAAUUUAAUAAUAACCGAUUUUAUUUGCUGUUAAGUAUGGCUGAAGCGGAACUUAAUAUUGAUUCAGUUAUAGCUCGUCUUCUAGAAGCUCGAGGAAAACCUGGCAAGCCUGUUCAGAUGACAGAGGCUGAAGUUCGUGGACUUUGUGUCAAAUCUCGUGAAAUAUUCUUGAGUCAGCCUAUUUUAUUAGAGCUUGAAGCUCCAUUAAAAAUAUGUGGUGAUAUACAUGGCCAGUAUUCAGACCUUUUACGUUUAUUCGAAUAUGGUGGCUUUCCUCCAGAGGCUAAUUAUUUAUUUCUUGGUGACUAUGUAGAUAGAGGAAAACAAUCACUUGAGACAAUUUGUUUGCUUUUGGCAUAUAAAAUAAAAUACCCUGAAAACUUCUUUUUGCUAAGAGGAAACCACGAAUGUGCAAGUAUUAACAGAAUAUAUGGCUUUUAUGACGAAUGUAAGCGUCGUUUUAGCAUAAAAAUUUGGAAAACAUUUACUGAUUGCUUUAACUGCUUACCUAUUGCUGCUAUUGUUGACGAAAAGAUAUUUUGUUGCCAUGGAGGCCUCUCACCUGAUUUGCAGUCUAUGGAACAAAUCAGAAGAAUAAUGCGACCUACAGAUGUCCCUGAUACAGGUCUUCUAUGUGAUUUACUUUGGUCGGAUCCUGAUAAAGAUAUUCAAGGAUGGGGAGAAAACGACAGAGGGGUUUCGUUUACGUUUGGAGGUGACGUUGUUGCACGUUUCUUAAAUAGGCAUGAUUUGGAUCUUAUAUGUCGAGCUCAUCAGGUUGUCGAAGAUGGUUAUGAAUUCUUUGCGAAACGUCAGUUAGUGACAUUAUUCUCAGCACCUAAUUAUUGUGGAGAGUUUGACAAUGCUGGUGGAAUGAUGAGUGUUGAUGAUACAUUAAUGUGUUCUUUUCAAAUAUUAAAGCCAGCUGAAAAGAAAGCAAAAUAUCAAUAUGGUGGAUUGAAUUCUGGUCGUCCCAUCACGCCGCCUCGUAACCAGACGCAGAACAAAAAAGCUAAGGGUGCGAAAUGAAGAUUUAAUUAAAAUAUCCAUGGUUGCAGUACACAUUCUGAACGAUUAAAAACGUUUUGACCAUUUACGUAUUAUAUAUUUUAAGAAAUUCGUGACCGAUAAUCGAUUUUCUUAUCAAUUUUUGUAUUUGCUUUUCAUAAAAUUUGGGUUUUGUGAAAUUCGUUGUAGAGUUUCGUUCUUAUAUUAAAAAUGUAGUAUAUAGUUGAGUCUGCAAUGAUAACAUUAAAUUUUUUGUGUGAUUUCAACCAAAUUUUUUAUAUGCAAAGGAAAUCUACGUGUUUGGUUUGGGACGGGUCAGCGCCGCAAAGCUACACCCAUGAUCAUGUUAUAAAUUAUACCAAAAUUCUUCGAGCUUUCUUUUGACCACUUUCUAUAAACCUGCUUCUGUAAAAAAGUUUUGUGGCGCUGCACCUAUGUAAUUUAAUUCCUUUUCACCGAUUGUUAUUGUAAGGAAAUUGUUUACACAAAGUUCAUUUAGUUUAUGCUAUGUAUAUUAUAUGCUGUUGUUUUUAUCUCUUUCAUUGAAAUCGAAAAUAAUUUUAUUUUAAAAA